CCUAUCAAUUCAAAAUCAACCAACCAUGUCUUUUAUAUUCGACUCGCGUCCUCCUCGACCCCAACCAGAUCGAACCCGUCACAACCCUGCUCAACCCAACUUCCCUCCUCAAUCCGAAACGGAAACCCAUUACUUCUCUCCUCAACCCGAACCAGCUCGAGCCCAUCGCCGUGGAACCCGAACCCGUCGCUACACCCAAAUGGUCCAAGAGAGCCUAACAAGCCGGUUCGCAAGAUUCAUCUGCUCAUUCUUCCUCUCUCUUGUCUUUGUCGUUGGCCUAAUCUUCUUCAUUUUGUACCUCAGCCUCAGACCUCAUAGACCCAGGUUCUAUCUCAACUCAUUCACAUUGAACCAAACGGGUUCGGCUUCAUUCAACAUCAUUCGCGACCGAAACGCCGAAGAACCAAAAAGUAUUUGGUAUCUGACUACAAGCGACAUGAGCGCCGUUAAUUAUACUAUUUUGAUCAAGUUAUUGCAUGCAGGGACGGUCAUGCAUUCGUUCUAUCAGGAACCGAAGAAAACUACGAAUAUUGAAGCACAGCUGGCGGGUAAAGGGAAUGGGCCAGUGCUGAGUCAGAUUAGCGGGAACCAGUCGACAGGUGAGGCUCAGUUGAGGCUGGAGCUCUUGUCGAUUAUAAGGUUCAAGGUGAAGACUUGGGAUACGCAUGAGCAUAAGAUGCACGUGAGUUGCGAGUUGGCUGUGGGUGCUGAUGGGAAUUUGCUUCCGCGGUAUGUGGGUGAGAGGUGCGAUAUUUAUUUCUGAGGGCGGUCUGGGGAGGUUUCGUUUGGUGUUUGUUUGAUUUCUAAAAUUUGUUUGGUUUGUGUUAGCGAUUUUUCUUAAGCGUUUGCUACUUGGAUGUCAUUGGUCUUAAUUAUUAUUCCUAUCUUCUUGGGCUG